CUUCUAUAUAACCCAAAACCAGACUUUGCUUCUCCUCAUGCUUGACAUAGCAAAGAUCAUCAAUUUGCUUUAAGAUCUAUCAUAUAUCCAAAAUGGGUUUUUCCAAGUGCUCAAUCUUUGCUAUUCUCUUCAUUGCUAUAUCAUUUUCAAGCAUGGAUGUUAACGUAGCAGCUCGUCAUCUUCUGCAAUUGCCUCCAUUGCCUUCUGUGCCAAAUUUGCCAAAAACUACAUUGCCACCAUUGCCUAACAAUAUCCCAACUCUGCCUCAGCCCACAUUGCCAACCACACAACCUUCUUUCCCUAACCCAACUACACUGCCUCCACUUCCUAGCUUGCCUACUGUUCCUAAGGUCACUUUGCCUCCAUUACCAAGCAUGCCCUCGUUUCCUACUAUUCCAAGCACCCUUCCUCCUAUUCCUUUCCUUUCUCCACCUCCUGGAAACUAAUUUUCUUUUUAAAAUCAGACUCCAAUGCCACUGAACAAUACUCAUUAGUUGGAAACUAAAUCUUUGAUAUGUCAUAUGUCCCAUUGCCUUACCUCAUACGGAUUUUUUUCUUUUUUUCUUUUUGUGACACAUUGUGAGCUUGUCUUUCAUUUACUUUUUGUGUUUUAGCAUUUUUUUCCGGAUAUGUA